GAUUUCUUGGCGAUAAAUUGUCUUUCCGUGAGCAUUCGCAAGAAAAUGAACUGCCGGUUCAUGAUGCUGCUGCUGCUACAGAUGUGAAGCCCUUCGAAAUUUCCUUUCAGAGAAUCAGAUCAGCGGUGCUCACGAGCUUGUGGGGUUGCUUGUUUUCCCUCUUCGAUCAACUCUAUUCUACUUCUAGGAGCUCUCUAACUCGUAAAAGAAGAAUAAGAUGGACCAAGGAUCUUCAUGAGCCUUUCGUCAUGAUUGUUGACUGCCUUGGUGGUCCUGAAAAGGCAAAGCCUAAGUCCAUACUAAAGAUGAUGGAUUCAGAUAUGCUGACCAUUUCUCACAUCAAAAGUCAUUUGCAGAAAUAUCGAUCUACAAUAUGCGUGCGGAAAGAUUUGCGGGAAAAAUCUGGAGAAGGAAACGGACCAGAAGGAGUCUCCGAGCUUCAACUUAAAAUCUAUAAGCAGAUUGAGGAAUCACUACAACUUCAGCUUGAGGUCCAAAGGAGUCUUCACGAACAACUGGAGAUACAACGAAAUCUGCAACUGCUAAUAAAACAGCAGAGGAAGCGGCUCAAAAUAAUGUCAGAUCAUCACCAAAAGCAAGGAAGCAAACCACAAGUGAGUGUCCCCACCAAAUGAUGGAGCAUAGCUUGGGCAUAUAUUUGUUUGGAGCAAUCAACUAUGUGCAAAGGAGGAGAGGGUAUUCACUAUUGAGUUUCAAAGAUGGUUUUGUCAGAGUAGAUUGGUCUUGUACUUUAUAAAGUUGGGUGGAAGGAUCCAGAGCUAAAGAGGGUCAUUGAAUGA